GAAAGCCCAGCUCCAUCAGGAGUCGACAUGAUCUGGAAUCGGAUUAUGGCUGAUUUGAAGGAGUUGUACUUUUGUCGGUUGUCAAAAGAGAAUUUUGAAAGAACAUGGAGGCCUGAUGCAGUUUUUGAGGCCAGCUUUAUGCCAUUCUACGACUCACUCAUUCUGAUAGGAUCCCUUCAACAAAUGCGAGUGUUAUGCACAGUAUCCUUCUCAGAUGCGAGUCUCUAG